AUGGCUACCCUCGAUUCCUCUCGCCCACCUUCCCCCAACAACCUGCGCACGUCAGACAUGCCCAUCGGCAACAGCAUGUACUUUUCCGUGCCAUAUGAACGAUUUGCUCGCGAUGAGGUAUCAGAUUGGGCCAGUGGAUUCACUCUCCUAGACACAUUGGAGACAUAUUUCGACUCGCGCAUUGACCUGCUUCAACGCCGCUUGGCAAAGAAGAGCGAGAAAUUCAAAAUGCGUGCAGAGGAGACGUUGAACGAGAUGUUCAAGAGGGACCUGUUCAAGCGCAAGCCCUCGAUAGGAACGAGUCAGCAGUUUGAGCGGGAGAUGCAGAAGUUCAAAUUCAAGGUGUCUUCACGGCUGAUCUCCCUCGCCGCGGCAUGGCAUACCGCAAAUGUUGUUCGAACUCGUGAAAAGCUGACGUUCUUCUUUGGUGUGAUGUCUCUCCUCUUCACCUCGUUGAUGUUUGGACUGGCCCCUGAGUGGAUACACAUUGCAUAUACCCUACAAGCCGCCUAUUACCUUCCCAUGCGCGUAUACUUAUACAAGAAACGCGCCUGGCACUACUUCCUGUUCGAUCUAUGCUACUACGCUAAUAUCCUCAACUUGAUUUACAUCUGGUUCUUGCCUUCGAGUUCUGUUCUUUUGAUAGCGUGCUAUUGCCUGUCACACGGGUCUCUGGCGUCUGCUGUAAUCACAUGGAGGAACAGUCUUGUCUUCCACGAUUUCGACAAGGUUACGUCAUUGUUCAUUCAUGUCUAUCCGCCGCUUACGUUCACUGUCAUCCGGCAUUUCUAUCCGAACGCGGAAGAACGCUUCCCUGCGCUAGUCAAGGUCCCUUCCUUCCAGCCUAUGAGGGCACUUCUAUUGAGCAGCAUUAUAUAUUUGGUCUGGCAAGUAUUGUACUGGAAGUUUGUCUUCAUCAAUCGUCGAACCAAGAUUGAGUCCGGUCAAAGGACGACAUCUCUUUCAUUCCUGUUGAAUGACAAACGAGGCGUUAUUGGUCGCGCCUUGUCUAAGGUACCACCGCGAUAUCGCGAACUCUCAUUCAUGAUUGGGCAAUUCGUGUACUCUGUCCUGACCGAACUGCCUGCUGUAUUCUUACUCUAUGACAGCUCUUUCUGGAGUGGAGCCUUCCUCAUCCUCAUAUUUGCCGUGAGCGUUUGGAAUGGUGGUGGAUUCUAUAUCGAAGUGUUCGGCCGCAAGUUCGAAAAGGAGUUGGAGGAAUUGCGAAAGGAACUCGCAGAAUCCUCUCCUCGCAAUAAUGGCAGUCCAGUUCUGGGUCCGCAAGACGACGAUGACGUUACCACAGUAUCCGGCUCUCCUUCUGCAGAAACGAAGUCGUUGUCACCAGAGCUGUCAAUUUCUGCUCUACCGGUUGACACCGCCCCAGUUUCAAACUGA